AUGGGAAUGCAGUACGGCCAGAAUACCCAAUUUGCAAAUUAUGUAGAACAAGUUAUGCGCCAAAGGAAUAUUCCUCCGCAUUAUCUCCAAGAUCCAGCUUUUCGCCUUAACUUCUUUAAAUCAAUUAUGCCUCCGGUUCAGCCGAGAGCAGUUUAUCCAAUCCCACCUCCACAACAGCCAUUCCUCCAGAAGAAAAAGCGCCUUGACAUGUACGAAGACGAUGAUGACGAUGAGAUCAUAGAAGAAGAGCCAUCUUCUGAGGAAGCCGAAUUUACAGAUGAUUCCGAAACAUCUGAAAGCGAAAUCAAUUCCGAAACAUUUGAAGACUAUCAGCCUACCGGCGACGGCCCAAGAAGAACAGCAGGUCGCGAGCGCCAUACCGAAAACAUGAAAACGGACGACGACGAUUUCGAAGAAGAAGAGGAACAACUCGCAGCUGCACCAGCUACUUUUGAAGAGGCAAAGAUCGAACAUAUCUACGUCUCCCGCGUUGGAAAAGAAGGCCUUGAGUACCUUGUCCGCUUCCAGGAUGCUAAGGACUGCCUUUGCCAGUGGAUUCCAGAAUCCUUAUUAUUAUGUCUUGACAAUGCAAACUACCAUCUCUCACGUUUCAGACAAGCUGAAAUCUUUAUUGAUGAGAACUUCAAGGACAUCGUUCCAAUUGCCUUCAGAAGAGAUGGCGAACAUUGCGAAAUCUUAUAUCGCUUUUCAUUUGAUCAAAAUAUCCUCUUGUAUUGGGACGACGUUGACCAGGAAACACUCGAUAAGUUCGUAAAGAGCAGACGUCGCAUUGAUGUUAACGAACCAUCAAUUCCACAUAACCUUCCAGACCCACCGUCCGACAUCAUCAUGAACGAUCAAGGUGGCUCCCUUAGAGAGUAUCAGCUCCAGGGCCUCAAGUGGCUUUCACAAUGCUGGCGUGAUGGUCACGGUUCAAUUCUCGCUGAUGAGAUGGGUCUUGGCAAAACAAUCCAAGUUCUUUCAUUCCUUACCUACUUAGAUCGCUUUACUGACUGGCAUGGCCCGUUCCUGAUCACCGUUCGUACAAAUACGUUUAAGCAAUGGUGCGAGGAAAUCGAGAAGUGGACACACCUUUCCUACAUCCCAUACAACUCUGGUCCACAGCAGCGUAAGAUGAUCAGAGAAUUCCAAUUCCCAUACCUCGACGAUAACGGUAAUCCAAUUCCAAACACAUACUCCUUCAACAUCCUUCUUGUCAGCUACGAUGUUUUCCUUAAGGACACAGAGUUCCUUUCCAACAUCAAGUGGCAAGUUCUCAUCGUUGAUGAAGGACACCGUAUCAAGAACAGCGAAGGCAAGAAGAAUAACGCUAUGAAGAACCUCAACGCUCUUCACCGUAUUAUUCUCACUGGUACACCAGUCCAAAACACUCUCCAAGAGUUGUGGACCCUCCUCAACUUCGUUUCUCCUCAGGACUUCGAGGAAGACCCAGACUUCCUCCAAGGCGAUAUCGAAUCCCUUGCUCCAGAGAAACUCCAGGAACUUCGCUCCAAGAUUCGUCCACUUCUCCUCCGUCGUACACUCGCUGAAGCUGAGCGUACAAUCGCUCCAAAGGAUGAAAAGAUCGCAUUUGUCUCAUUAACAAACAUUCAGCGUGAACUCAUCCGCCUUAUUCAGCUCCACUCAAUGUGGCGUCUCAAAGGCAUUCAGAUCGACGAGUCAACAGUUGAUACAUCCCACGAAAGCGCUUCAAUGCAGAAGGUUUGCUGCCAUCCAUUCCUUAUCGAAGGCGCUGAGGAAUAUUACACAAAGCGCCUCAACUUACCACGUAUUGAUCUUAUCCGGAAUCUUUCUACGAAGUUCAUCUGGGUCUCAAAGGUCCUCGAAGAACUCAAGCGCGAGAAUCAUAAGGUUCUUAUCUUCUCACAGAAGGUCCAGCUCCUCCACAUCCUCAGAGAGUUCUGCAUGCUCUCUGGCUACAACAACGAACUCCUUAUCGGUGAAAUGUCCGAUAUCGAAAAAGCAGAUGCCAUCGACCGCUACUCCAAGAACCCAGAUUCAUUCGUCUUCCUCAUCUCUACACGUGCUGGCUCAGAAGGCCUUAACCUUACAGUUGCUGAUACAGCAAUCAUCUUCGACCCAGAUUGGAACCCACAGAACGAUCUCCAAGCCCAGGCAAGAGUCCACAGAAUUGGCCAGACACAGAAAGUCGAUGUUCUCAGACUUAUUACCUACAACACUUACGAGCACGAGAUGUUCAUCCGCGCUCAGAAGAAGUUAGGCCUUUGGAUGGACCUUCUCGGCGAAAAUGCCACAAAGAACGACGGAAUCCAGGAUAACACAGUCCUUGUUCCACCACCAUACCUCGAUGCCGAUAUGUCCAUCAAGGCUGACAUUCCUCUCAUCGAGCAACUCUCCACAGUUGUCAACGACUUCUCUCUCGCAGCCAUUCCAAAGCUCGAGAAGCCACUCGAAGUCCAGCCAAGCUACUCAGACGGAACAUCCGACGAGCAGUUCCUCGCCAAGUUCCCAGUUGUCGACGAUGAUGGCAGCAGCAGAAGAAUCAAGCGCUCCCAUACAUACGACAGCUUCAUCGACUCAUCCAAGGCAUACGAGAUCUGGGACGAGUUCAGGAACCUCGGCUACGGCAAGUGGGAUCAGAUGACAGAGCGUUUCCAGGGCCAUUCCUCCAACCAACUCAAGCGCUUCUGCCACGCCAUCAUCAUUCUCUGCUUCCGUGCAUUGUCACCAAUCAACAUGACAACAUUCCCAUUCCUUAUCAAGGUUCUCCAGCACGAUGUCCUCGACUUCUCCUAUGACAUCUUACUCUGCUCUCGCAAGGGUAAGUGGAUCCACGCUGUCUCUGAAGACAACGAACUCUCAAUCGAAGUCAACGCCUGCAAGCCACUCAAGGAUACAAUCUACGACCAGGCAUUCGAGUACCUCUCUGUCAUUGAAAUGAAGCUCAUUGCAAAGACAUGGCUUUCAUUCUCAGACAAGUCCAUGUUUGACUUCACAAAGAUCCCACCAAGAUACACAAAGAAGGAUCCAGAAGUUUUGGAUAUCAUCUGCGCAGAGAGAGGCGAUUUCGAUCCAUUCGAUGAGAGAGUCCAGGCCAUCAUCAACUACAUGAGAGGCGAAAUCAUCCAGGGCGGCCGCAUCUUUGCAGCCCAGCAGUUCGAUUUCUGGUCACAGCCAGAAUUCCUCGCUGUUGCCUACAUGAUGAAGAACUUCACAUUCUCCACAAACGAUCCAAUCUCAUUGCACGUCAAGACAGCACUCUGCUCCAAGACAACAGAGCAAGUUGUUGUCUUCGUCAACGCACUCAACCAGAUCCUCAUAAAGCAAAACAAGAGAUUCCCAGUCAUUCUCCCACCGAACAUCACAAUGUUCGACCGUGCUCCAGAGGAAGUCCAGACAUGCAAGGGCGCCACAUCAUGGACACAACUUGCAAAGCGUGACUUCACAGAGAUCACAGACAGAAUGCAGUGCUUGAGAUCUGUCCAGAUGCGUGUUGAGAGACUCACACAGUUCCCAGAGACAACAACAUGGUCCAACUACCACACAAAAAAGUUGUUCGAGCUCCUCUUAGAGUUCGGUUUCGACCAGAUGAAGACAAUUCUCUUGGACAAGAAGAUCGGUCUUAUCCGCAUGCUCAACAAGGUCGACAGGAGAUUCGUCGAAGGCAAGCUCAAGCAGAGAAUCAAAGAACCAGGAGCUCCUCCGGACUUCGCACUCACAGAGGAAGCACUCAUCAACUUCAUGAGAAUCGAAGACUGCGACGACUACUUCGAGAGACUGAAGUACCAGCAGUACGAGUACGUACAGCCUGGCCAGCACGUCGAAUACAACUGGGAUGAUGACACAAGCGAUGAAUCCGAUGGUCCACUUCCACCACUCCCAGACGACGAACCAGAGCUCUCUCCAAGACAGAUUGCUCCACCUCCACCACCAAGACAAGUCUUCGGAAUGAUGCCACAGCAGUCAAUGAUGCAGCCACAGGGAAUGAUGGGCAACCCACCUCCACCACCAUCACAGAACCAGCCAAUGCUUUCAUCAUCAUUGAUUUCCAAUCAUUCAUCUCUCAUGCCACAGCCAUCCUCAAUGAUGACAAAUCCAUCCCCAUUGAUGUCUAACACAUCAUCAAUGAUGCAGGGACCACCAUCCUCGAUGAUGGGCAACCACUCAUCAUUAAUGUCCAACCAGCCACCAUCACUCAUGUCACAGCCUCCUUCAAUGAUGACUCCACAGCAGCCUCCAUCAAUUUCCCAGCCAUCCUCAUUCAUGUCCAACCACACACAGAUGUUGUCCAACGCUCCACCGCCGCCACCACAGUCAAUGAUGCCUCCAACACACGGUGGAAUGAUGUCUGGACACGGCGGAAUGAUGCAGGCAAGCGGAAUGAUGUCUGGACACGGCGGAAUGAUGCAGGGAAGCGGAAUGAUGUCUAACCCAGGCUCAAUGAUGCCAAACCAGCACGGAAUGAUGUCAGGCCAGCCAAUGAUGUCGCAGCCAAGCGGAAUGAUGUCCCAGCAGUCUUCAAUGAUGCCACCAUCACAUGGCGGAAUGAUGUCCGGACACGGUGGAAUGAUGCAGGGAACAGGAAUGAUGUCGAACCCAGACGGAAUGAUGUUGGGAUCUGGAAUGAUGUCUAAUCCUCAGGGAAUGAUGCAGAACCCUGGAAUGAUGAUGUCUAACCCACCAACAAUCAGAAAGUAUGGAAGAAGACAUGAAGAUGAUGAUGGCUUCGAUCCAAGUAUCCUUGAAGAAGACGACUAA